GGUUCACCCAAAUGCCCUGUAAAUCUACCACAGAAAUCCUCAGCAGACUGUAAAGUUCUAAGGGAAAACGGUCUUGUCGAACAGAGACGCAUAUUUCAGCUUGUACCACGCCCCCCGCUACCCAUGCCUCUGGUGAAUAUGACCAUUGACCAGCUCAAGGCUUACUUCCUUCAAGAUGAAUUUGCGAAGAAUUAUUUUCUCGGUUAUGGGUCCAUGCUUCUUAAAAACAAAGGUUUUGCGGCCAAGUGGAGAGCAAAACAUCCUGCAGAAAUAACUGGGUUCGAGGAGUACGAGGAUAUAUUUAACGAAUUCAGGAGGAAUAUAGGCAGUAAUGUAAGUGGGGUUAACGUUGUUUGCAUAUUUUAACGUAAUCCCUCGAGUCCCCCAGGAGUAAUCAACAUACAUUUUCUCUUAACAACAUCAAUACACAAUCAAGGAAAAAAUAUCGAGAAGUAAUAAAAUGAUCACUUACAAUCGUGUAUCAAAUUCUCUUAACUAAUUUUCUAAGAAUUUGAAUGGCGAUCAGUCUGAAGAAUUUUUACGUUGAUAUUGGUGCUUAAAAGGAUUAAACACCGCCUUUGUUGAAGUACAGUGUGCAGCUUUACUCCAAGUGAAAAAAACACUUAAGGUACCAAUAGGGUAAAGUACUGCAAUCACGUGAAGAUGCUUACCAUAAUUGCGCACUUCAAAUAGAGUUUCCCUUUCUUCUGCACCUUCGGUUCAGCUCAACCAUUUCUGGCAGAAACUCAGGUGCAAGUUUGGUAGCCAAAUGAACAUAGACCUAACCGAGCUAGAUACUGUAGAUUGAUCAUGUCUAACAAUUGUCCAUGUACAGUAUUGCCAAACUGUUUAGAGUAGUUAAUACUGAUUAUUUAUCGGUUCCGUUUUAGGGUCUAAAUUAUUGUUGUUAUUUUCAUCAUCAUCAUCGUUAUUAUCGUCAUUAUUAUUUUUAAUGAAUUUGUUUGCUCGCUUGUUUCAUUUCGCUGUAUCUAUGGAAAUUAUUGUAAUUUUUAAAAUUUGAUUCUAUCUCAAUUCUACACGUCCAAUCUAUAUCCAGGGUAGUUCUGGCUUCUAUCGCUUCGCGUCAAAUGUAGAACCCUUUAGAGAUUUACUCAAUGACUGGCCAGAUGACGACAUCUUUGCUGAACAGAGACUAAGUGGAUGUAAUCCCAUGGUGCUUCGCAGGGUGACAGAAGACUCAGGUCAGUUAACAGUAAUCACCUAGGCUUCUACGCAAUCGUUCCUUGUGGCGUCACGCAACGUUGUGCACAAAUAUCGUUGUUGUUAUCGUUGUCAGUUAACAGUAAUCACCUAGGCUUCUACGCAAUCGUUCCUUGUGGCGUCACGCAACGUUGUGCACAAAUAUCGUUGUUGUUACCGUUGCUCAUGAUUGACAUUAUAAAUGAACCUAUAAAAGUUUAUUGUCGGUACACACAUGUAAUUCUAACUUUUGCUCAUGCACUAAGGCCUAGCUCAAGAAUUUUUUGUGAGUUUUUUAUCUUGUUGUGUAAUCAUGACAUUUUCCUCAUUCCACCUGUUUAGAGGACGUGGGGCUAAAAUGGUCCGAGUUAAGCCAAACUCUCAACCCAAACUACAACUGGGAAGCUGCUAUCCAGAAUGCUACAGAUAGCAAUGAACCACUUGCUGAGGUUAAGUAUAAUCUACUGUUUUCUAUUUGAUUUUAAGUGGAAGGAAACUUAAGGAAGUAGACAACACUUGCGUGGGGCCGGAGGCUCUGGCGGUUAGGGAACAGGGAUCCCCAGGGGAACCAAUGCAACCCGGCAGCAGAGGGGUUUCACAGUAUCUGUCUACUCAGAGUAGGAAUUUUUCAACUUUGAACAACACACAGGUGGAAACAUUAAAGAUGAGCAAUACUGUCAUCAAUCAGUCCAUUUUUAGCUGGAAUAUUUUUCGUUCACAAAAUGACAGUUUUGUUAUUUUUCGUGUCCAGUCGGCUGAGAUUACAACGUAUAUAUCAUCCUAUUGAGACUAUCUUGAAAAGCAUAAACUAAUACUUAUUGUUAUUAUUCUGAUUUAUCCUUAGGAAAUAAAAAAUGGCAAUGUUUACGUACUUAGAUACGAGGUUUUCGACAACAUGGUAUCUUUUCCAGAAUCGGUUGAUCAGAAAGCCAAUCGCACAUUGUGGCCUUCAAAAUCGCCCGUGGCGCUUUUCGCCGUAAAAUCCGACGGAUUGGACAGACGUCUUCGCCCUGCAGCCAUUCAAAUCGAUUAUAAACCAGGUAUAGUCAGUUUAAGUGUUUUGGACUGAAUUUGGACGAAUUUACUCAACAACUGGUAAAAAUGUAUUCGAGGUCACAGGAACUUGGUAAUCAAAUGACUGCAGGUGGUAACAUGAUUUCUGCAAGACCCUUCUGUCCCUAAAGUUUAAAAACGCAAACAAGGUUUUUGUCAAGCUCCUUUGCUGGUCGCCACACUUUAGGCAGCCUGUUUCAGGCGUUCAGAUAGUGGAGGACAGCACAAAGAGAUAUAAGGAUGAAAGACCGCAAAGGGUGAUCCCUCUAACCUCACGCCACAUUUUCUGAACGCCCGUAGGCGGCAAAAGCGGAUCUAGAACCUAAUGUUAAGAGAGGACAGCUUAUCCAGACAGACCGUGAGAGUUCUAAGAUGAGGGAGGGAGCGAGGAGGCAAACUCGGAAAUAACUUUUUCUCGGCCGUAUGGGCCUCGGUUUGGCCCAGCAUUAUAGGUAGGGGAGUACCUACCCUAGAUCUUACACAGUUUAGAAAUUUUUUUGUCUCGAAAGUUGUGCAAUUAAACAUUUCAGUUUCCAUCACUGUAAAUAGAUUCUCCUGUAUACUCGCCGAUGGAUGGAGACUCAUGGAUGCUGGCCAAGAUGGUUGUCCAAGCAACAGAUUACGUACACAGCCAAAUGGUAGAACAUCUCCUCAAGGCAAGCAAUUAUUUAUGUAAAAAAAAGAACUUAUCUUACGCUAUCGGUUUCUCCCUUAUAGGGACUGCUGCUUUGUGCAAUGCUUGAUGGGGGCCUUCCUCUAUAAAAUUACAGUUUCCGUGCAAAUAGAGGAUUUAAAGGUAGACAAUCUGAUUUCUAGCAGCUUCGUUCGAUUCGUCUUCGCCGAUUUACAAAUAGCCGGCGAAUAGAGCCAUUUCUCCUAGUUCAUCGCAGUUUGGGACGUUUCGCCAGACGUCUUAAAAGCGGCGACGAGCGGGAAGAGCCGUCUACAUUCACAGGCCACUUUACAAGCAAUUGCUGGUACCACUUUGGAAUCUUUCUUCUUCUUCUUCUUCUUCUUCUUCUUCUUCUUCUUCUUCUUCUUCUUCUUCUUCUUCUUCUUCUUCUUCUUCUUCUUCUUCUUCUUCAGUUUUUUAUUCUUCUUCUCAGUUCUUAAUCUUCUUACAAUUUUUUCCCUUAGAACACUUCCAUAACCGUCGCUUUUAAUUAACCUUCAGAUCCAUCUAUUUGCGGAGCCCUUCUGCGUGGUUCUUUAUCGUCGCUUCUCUUCCCAGCAUCCACUUCACGAGCUUCUAAAAUAUCACUGUAGAGGUGUCAUCGCUACAAACACAAUUGGAUCCCCAUCAUUAAUCAUGAAGGGCGGCCACAUGGAUCAGCUAACAGCCAUGGGGGCAGCAGGAACUGUGCUACUGUUACAACGUGGUUACAAAACUUUGAGUUGGAAUGAUACCGAUUUCUAUCUUGAUAUCCAGGUAAAACACACUCAACUUCGUCUGAUACUGAAUGCGGACCCCUUCUGACCGCAGGUUGAUCUUAAUAUGGUGUGUUCGUUAUAGCGGCGAGCGAGAGGUAUUUCUUGUAAGAAAAUUUCAUUUGAGAGGAAAAGUAUCUCCAUUUACCAGAAUUUCGAGAUGUGAAACUGAAGAAUUAUGACUGAUCUACGAGGAGACACGCGGUGUUCUGAAAGUUUUCCUUGAGAACGUCAUCCCCGAUGCCGUGACUGAAUUCAACCGAAAAGACAAAUAUCGUAAAAUUCCGAAAAUAAGCCCCUCCAUGUAUAAGCCCCUCCAAAUAUAAGCCCCCGAAACUCAUAACGCAAAAAUCCCUCCGUUAAAUUGCCCCUCCAAAUAUAAGUCCCCGGGGGGGGCUUUUUGUACUUGGAAAUUGCCCUCAAAUACAAUAUAAAACAAAGCAAAUACGGUAAAUUUCCUUCCAACUACAAGGCUAGCCCAAUCGAUUUUGAAACGCAAAAUUCCUCCGUAGAUAAGCGACUCCGAAUAUAAGCCCCUCCAAAAAUAAGCCCCUCAAAAAGGGCCUUUGAAAAAUAUAAGCCCCGGGCCUUAUUUUGGGAAUAUUACGGUAUGAUGUUAAAUAAUAAAAAUGGAAAAAAAAUAUUUGUUGUUUGUUCCCGGUUUUAAAAAAUGCCACUCAAGUAGUAUAGUAAGGACCAGUAAGACCCUUUUUGAGUGCGUGACGAAGGUGUCGGCUUGCGGUAAUGGUGGUUGAGGGAAAAUAAAAAGUUAAGAAAGAACGAAAUGGCUGAAUUCUGGAAGAGAAGGAAACGGAGAGAUGUAAGUAGAAAAAUGCUAGAAAGAGCUAGUUUGCCUUCACACGAUUUGCACGCCGUUGCCGUGAAGCCCUGAUUGCAACAAUCAGUGGACCGGAACUGGAACAAUUUGUUGUCUGCAAAGGACAAGGGAAGAAGCGAGAAAAUAGAACUUGCAUAACGACGUCACGGCUUUGUGUUUUUAAGUCAAGGGCUUGUUAGACAAAAGGUUAUCACGUUAUCAGCUCUCAAGUAUUUCUCCUCAAAUUAACGAGACUUUCCUGCAAAAUAGGGGCAAAUCGGUCACUAAUAUACUACUCACUCCCGAUCGGUUUCCGUUGCAGCGAGAGUUAAAAAAAUUAUAAAGUUGUGCUUUCGGGAGCUGAAAUAGUUUCCCCUAUUUCGUACGUCCCAGCGUACUCAAAAGGGAUUCUAGUCCUUUUAAAGAGAGUCUGUUUUGGUCAAGCAAUCAGUCAGCUCACUGCUGUCUGUGUUAUUGGUGCGUUCGAAAUAGCGAUGAGUCAACAAUUUGAAAUUUGCAAAUUGCAAUUUGCUAUUGGCUAGCUGUCUCAUAAUUGUUUCUUUUGUCGUUGUUUUCGACAGAAUCGCGGUCUAGACGACAAAGAACUUCUGCCAUAUUUUCCGUACCGUGACGACAGCGAUCUACUCUUGCUGGUUAUAAGGAGGAUGGUAGAGGACUACGUGAGCACGUAAUCAUAUGAGCUUUUUUUAUUCUGUUCAUUUCUCUUCACUGCUUGAUUGGAGUUUUGAUUUUCGAAACUUAUUAAUCGAGUCAUAGUUAGAGUCCCAACACUAUUGCAAUUCAAUUAUGGAUAGUUUUUACAAGAAUUUGGUUUCAUCAAAUGAGUUAGCAAACUCAGUUUACCACCGUGUUGCCCCCGUGUACUUGUGAAAUCCGGAAUCCAGGGCCUUGGAAUCCGUAAUUCUGCACAAGGAAUCCGGAAAACUGACAAGAAAUCUCGAAUCCAGUACCUGAAAUCCUGAAUCCAGAACGUGGAAUCCAGAUUCCAAGACUGGAUUACUUUGCAGGGGCGAACCGUGAAAAGAUUGAAAGGUUGAAGUUUACAGCGCCAUACUAGCUCUUCUGAUUAAUUUUCUCUGACAAAGGGCCAGCCCUAGAGCACGAAAAUCACUUUUUCAGACCUUGUACUGUACUUUCAGACCCAGUUAAUAAAAUCAAAUAAUUGUAUUUCACCUUUGCUUUUGCUUUUAUAAUUAUGCACUCCAUUUAUUUAUGGCUCCUAUUGCUUUCAAACCAAAUUGGUAAUUACUAAGUCCAUAUAUAUUAAAGCCAUCAACACUCAGUCCAGUUACUGGCUAGUCCUUGAGCAAAUUCUUCGAGUCUUCAGUCCACUCGGAUAGCCUGGAUUGUCUUGAGAGGUGUCUGUGACGAUGAUCCUAUAUAACAAGAAACGUUUUUUAAAAAGUGUGCUUUCUUCUUUAGGUACUAUCGUCGCGACAAAGACGUGAGGGACGAUAAAGAGCUGCAGGCCUUUGUAAAUGAGUUGUCCAUCGACGGCACUGGCCCCGAUGGUGGAAGUGGACAGGUACGGAGAAUGCGGUGGUGUACACGUACUAUUGUUUUCAAUUUUUCAUUAAGCGCCCAUAUGUAUAAUUUUUUAUAUCAAACGGAAGCGCGCCUGAAAUAAUGGUUGGUCAGGGGUCGACAGCUUCCAUUAUCGGGGUCAACUUUAGCAACGUGAAGUGAGCUGGCUAGACAAACAGGAAUAUCCUCUCUUGGCUCAAAUAAUUCUUCUUUCUUCCUUUCUUCCAGUACAAAUAUAAUGGUAUAAUUUCAGGGAGUGGCACUCCAUACAUCAUAUCGUUGAUUUACAAUGUAUAACCCGCAUGUAAAACGUGUAUUUAAAGGGAAUAAAAGUACCUCAUUCGUCUUCCCUUACUUCCUCUUUUAUGACCAGGCGGUUUAGCGUCUUCCUGUCGCAAAAGCACCUAAAUAUAGGACAGUAGGGCUGUCUUACGAAGUGACUGUAUUUGCAGUAAAAUAUACAAUAGCAGAACCGACGCAAAACAGCCAAACUUGACCAGAUAAAAAUGUUUCCAACUCUUCUGUCGCCAGGUAAAAGACUUUCCUUCUGUUUUAAGUGAAAGGAUCGAAGUCGUCGACAUGGUAACAAGGUUGUUAUGGUUACUAAGCGUGAAACAUGCCACCGUUAACUACCCUGUGAGUGACUAUGGAGCUUUCACGCCUCUUUUACCCACCAAGAUUUUCAAUGAUACUCGCGUUCCACCAGGAGACUUUUCCAUCUUGAAUUUACCAAAUAGUGACAUAUCUUCAGUAAGUGUUUUAAAGUCUUAAUGAGUCAACAAAUUAUUUAUUUUCAUUUCAUAAAUUUAUUUACAUGUAAUCAUAAAUUUUAUGACGAUUAUUAUUAUAAUUUAUCGAGUUAUAGUGCAGAAGUGCUUGUAAUUUUUCAAUAAAAGCUUUGUAUACGUUUGCGCUUAAUUAUGGCGUUCAGCUGAACUUUGGUCAGCUUACAAAAAUAGGUACAUCGUCCACUACUUACUGAUCAUGACCCAUCAGAGCGCUCGUUUUAGCAUACAUGUUAUAAUUCUUGUCUUUUCAAGAAACAAAAACCACUACCAUUUUUUCACAUAAAACCUUGGAAACUGGUGUUCCUGUACAUGUAAAUUUCGUUUUCAAGCCAGUGUGGUCAGGUCACAUGCAGACAAAAAUUGCGAGACUGAUCUGUCGACCACAUGGCCACUGCUAUUCACUCUCGUGCGCUCACAAAGUUGGUCUUUGAUUUAAAAAAAAGAGAAAUAACUUACUCGCAGAUAAUAAAUUGUUGUAUUGCUUCUUUUCGCCGACAAAUGCUCAUGAGGGUGUUGGGUGAGGGAGUGUUGCCCAACUCGCUGCAUGUUGUUGAUUUGAUGACUGUCGAAUUCAAGGCCCUCUUCUUCUUCCACCGAUUUUUUUCUUAUCAUCCUUCUAAUUAUUUUUUUUUUUCUCACUCCUUUCAGGCACAAGUUGAGGUGGCCAUGAACGUCGGGGCAUACCAUUAUGAUACGCUAUUUGACUAUUACGAUGAGCUUUCAGAUCCUGAGGCGAGGAAACGCGUGCGAUUUUACUACUACUACUUUCAGUAUGCUAUCAGCCCAAUGCUAAAGUUCAGAAACUACAGAAGAUUCAGAAAAGGACACCUGACAUACCCCUAUUUACAGUACCCUUGGCUUCCGAACGGAAUUCAAACAUAG